AGAAGACUCAGAAGAGCUGAUGGAUGGAUUCGUACCUGCUAAAUUCUGAGAGCUGAGCAGACACAGCCAUUUUUAAUAUGGUGAUGACUCUUGUAAUUCUGGCAGCAGAGGAGAAGGAGGAGAGAUAUCUGGACUGGAUGGGCUUGUAUCAAACGACUGAAGUCAAGAUUCUGGUGCUGAGAUUGGGCAAAAAUCUGCUGUGUCCUGAUGUUCCCAGUGUCUCUCUGCAGACAACCAGCUCGGGCCUCCUAUGGAAGUCACAACCUGUAAUGGAUCGGAGGACUCUUCACCUGUCUUCUACCUGGUGGGCAUCCCUUCUCUACCAGAGUCCCUCUUCCACCCUGUCUUCUUGAUUUUCCUCUUAAUCUACCUGCUCAUCCUGGGGGGUAACACCCUGAUCCUGGUGGCUGUGGUGGCAGAGCCCAGCCUCCACAAGCCCAUGUAUUUCUUCCUGAUCAACCUCUCAGCCCUGGACAUCCUCUCCACUACAACCACUGUCCCCCAAAUGCUGUCCCUCUUCUUGCUGGGAGACCACGUCCUCAGCUUGCCUGCCUGCUUCCUGCAGAUGUACCUUUUCCAUAGCCUCAACUGCUCUGAAGCCUUCAUCCUGGUGGUCAUGGCCUAUGACCGCUAUGUGGCUAUCUGCCGCCCACUGCACUACCCUGUCCACAUGACGCCACAGACCAACGCUGCACUGGCGGCCAGUGCCUGGCUCACUGCCCUCCUCCUGCCCAUCCCAGCAGUGGUGCAGACCUCCCAGAUGGCAUUUGGCCCUGUGGCCCAUGUCUACCAUUGCUUCUGUGACCACCUGGCUGUGGUCCAAGCCUCCUGCUCUGACACCACCCAUCAGGCCUUCAUGGGCUUCUGCAUCGCCAUGGUGGUGUCCUUCCUGCCCCUUCUCCUGGUGCUUCUCUCCUAUGCCCACAUCCUGAACUCGGUACUUCGCAUCAGCUCCCAAGAAGGCCGCUCAAAAGCCUUCUCCACCUGCAGCUCCCACCUCCUGGUGGUCGGCACCUACUACUCAUCCAUUGCCAUAGCCUACAUGGCCUACAGGGCGGACCUGCCCCUCGACUUCCACAUCAUGGGCAAUGUGGUGUUCGCCAUCCUCACCCCUGUUCUCAACCCCCUCAUCUACACCCUGAGGAACAAGGAUGUCAAGGCAGCCAUCACCAAAAUGGCACGUCCCCAGGGCCCAGGGCUCUCCAGGGUCCAGCAGUUAAUUCAGCUCCCAGGACACCAGUGACUGUGCCUAUUGAUAAUAGGAACUCAAUAAAUAAUUUUAAAUGAAUAAAUGAAUUACAGAAGCCUAACUGCUUCCUUCGGUUAGGCAGACAGCUAACACCUGGUUCUCAGAUACUGGAUCCUGAAGGCUUCUUGCUGAUUCUGUAC